AUGCCACUUGCCCUGCUACCGCAACCACCGCAGCCUCACUCGCCUCUCCUGGCCCGGCCCACCGUCUGCCGCUGACCCACCCCCACCCCCGUCACACUCCCCCCGGGCCCAGUUCGUUGCCUCUCGCCUCUCCUCGCCAGCCCGCCAUGUCCAACAGCCUCGAGGCUAAGAUCGUGGUUCUCGGCAGCCAGGGCGUGGGCAAAACCUCGCUCGUCCACCGCUACGUCAAAAACGCCUUCACCCCGCCCACUACACAGUCGACCGUCGGUGCCUCCUUCCUAACAAAGAGAGUCGUCGACAUCGACACUUCCACCGUCGUCCGCCUGCAGAUAUGGGAUACAGCAGGCCAGGAACGCUUCCGCUCCAUAUCCAAGCUAUACUACAGAGGUGCAAACGCGGCAGUCCUGUGUUAUGAUAUCACAGAUCCUCAUUCUUUUGACGAAAUGGGCCGCUGGUUCAAGGAGCUCAAGACGAACCUUGGAGACGACGCUAUCCUCCACGUAGUAGGCACAAAAUCCGACAUCAUCGCCGCAGACCCCACGAAGCGCAAGGUCCCCUUUGAACGCUGCAUCGCCUAUGUUGCAGAGAACCUCUACCCCGCACAGACUGCACAACCGCACAAUGCUCAGUCAAACGGCUGGGGCUCCGUGCCUGCAACAUUCCAGAGUGGCUCCAUGGCUUCUCCUCAGAGCAACAGGUCCAGCGGCUUCUGGGGACAAGACCUCGGCUGGGACUGCUGUCACGAGAUAAGCGCAAAGGAUGGCGAAGGCGUGGAUGAAGUCUUCCGCGUCAUCACUCGCAAGUUGGUUGAGCAGGAGCAGAAGAAGCUCGAAGAGGAGCAACGACAACUGACCAUGGCCGGUGUCACUCCAGCCCUAGACAACAACGGCAACGUGACGGGAUACUUUGAUUAUCCUGGCGCUGCUAACGGUAGUUUCCGCCUAGGCGCAGCCGAUAAGAGGCGAAGCUGGCUAGGCUUUCCCACUACGCCCGGUGCCGCUGGCCACCAACAAGAGUGGGAAGAAGACAUCAAUCGGGCACAAAAGAGUAAGAGUGGGAGGUGCUGCUGAUCGUAUCUCUGCCUUGUCUCGUCGUCUGCCCGCCUCUCCACUAACCCCCAUUUCCUGCACACAGCGAGCACACCGAUCAGCUUCGUUUCGAGAUACCCACCCACUCUUUGUUUCCACGACUCGGUGCUCCAGUGUGUUAUUUCUUGCGGCCAAUUUGGUCUUCUUACAUCCGAGUACUUUCUAGCUUCUGUUAUCCAUCUCUCUUGGCCCUCUGUUUCGGCGUACAAGGUAGCAUUUGCAUAGCCAAG